GGCUAAUCUCUGGCUACGCAGCCCUGACGGGUUGGCACGUAGGCGGCCUUGCAUGUUUACAGCUGGGAGGUUAUAAAUGAGCGUGUCCCUACGGCUGCCGCUUGUAGAUUAGCACUAGGCUGCUGGCUGGCUAGUGAAGGAGUGUUGUGCUGGCCAUAUACACUGGGACAAUAGCGAGCACUUCCACCUUCAAACUACAUCCUCUGCCUGAGACUUCAGCUGAUUCUUUUUUUUGUGUGUGUGUGUGCGUGGAAAUUGUUACUGUGAAGGGGGAAAAAAUGGUUCAGAACAAGACUGCAGAGUUGAAAGGAUUCCACCGUUCAUUCAAGGGCCAGACACCUUUUGAUGAUUAUUGUGACGACACUGGGCCAUCUCAUAUUGAGAAGGUGUUUAAUUUCGACCGUCCUGCCAGGCCUGGUAUGCCCUCUAGUCAGCCCAUUGACAUCCCAGACGCAAAGAAAAGAAACAAGAAGAAAAAGCGAUGUCGUGCCACAGACAGCUUCAGUGGCAAAUUUGAAGAUGUUUACAAACUCAAUGGAGAGAUGUUGGGGGAAGGAUCUUUUGCCAGAGUGCAGACUUGUGGGAACCUAAUCACCAACAAAGAAUAUGCUGUGAAGAUUAUUGAGAAGCAACCGGGCCGUAGUCGCAGCCGUGUGUUCCGUGAAGUGGAGAUGCUCUAUCAGUGUCAGGGACACAGGAACAUUCUCGAACUCAUUGAAUUUUUUGAAGAUGAGGAUAAGUUCUACUUGGUUUUUGAAAAGAUGAAAGGAGGGUCUGUAUUAACGCACAUACACAGGAGAAAGCACUUCAACGAGCGAGAAGCCAGUAUUGUUGUCCAUGAGAUUGCAAGCGCAUUGGACUUCCUUCACAACAAAGGCAUGGCCCACCGUGAUUUGAAACCAGAGAACAUCUUGUGUGAAAACCCAGAACAGCUGUCUCCUGUAAAGAUCUGUGACUUUGACUUGGGAAGUGGGAUAAAAUUGAACGGUGACUGUUCCCCCAUCUCGACCCCUGAACUUCUGACGCCGUGUGGCUCUGCCGAGUACAUGGCACCAGAGGUUGUGGAGGCGUUCAACGAAGAGGCUUCGAUAUACGACAAACGCUGUGAUCUCUGGAGUCUGGGUGUUAUAUUGUACAUCAUGCUCAGCGGAUAUCCACCCUUUGUGGGUAACUGUGGUACUGACUGUGGCUGGGAUCGUGGUGAGGCCUGUCCUUAUUGUCAGAAUAAUCUCUUUGAGAGCAUUCAGAAAGGAAAGUACGAGUUCCCUGAGAAGGAUUGGGCUCACAUCUCUUUCGGUGCCAAGGACCUCAUUACAAAGCUCUUAGUCAGAGAUGCCAAGAAGAGGUUGAGUGCAGCACAAGUGCUGGAGCACCCAUGGGUGCAAGGGCAUGCUCCAGAGAACACCCUUCCAACACCCCGUCUGCUCCAGAGGAACAGCAGUGCCAAAGAUCUCACGUACUUUGCAGCUGAAGCAAUCGCAGUUAACAGGCAGCUGACUCAGCAUGAAGAGAAUCAGGACGAGCACAAUCAUCCAAUCCUCAUCAAAGCUACCUCAUGUUCUGUACGUCUCUCUCCGCCCUCCGAAUCUAAAUUAGCCAAACGGAGGCAGAAGACCAAUGCAAUUAAUGCAGCCAAUCAACAGUUGUUGCCACCCUUAGUCCUGGUGGACAAUUGCGCGUGACGUCGUUUAGUCCCCGAAGUACAUAGCAACUAAACCAGGAUCUUCUGUUGGCUGGCUUCCAAGUCUGUCAAUGUUACAAUGCUAUAGAUACGAGGAACGGCAGAUGCUGGUUUACAAAACAAAAGGACACAAAGUGCUGGAGAAAUUCUAAAGAAGGGUCGCGAUCAGCUACGUCGGCAAGGUCUGAAGAAGGGUCCUGACCCAAAUCAUCGGCAAGUCUGAAGAGGGGUCCCGAGCUGAAACGUCAGCUAUGUUUAAAGAAGGGUCCUGACCCGAAAAGUCACCUGUCCAUGUUCUUCAGGGAUGUUGCCUGACCCACCGAGUUACUCCAGCACUCUGUGCCUUCCAAUGUUACAAUACUGCUUCAGACAAGACGGAACUGUUUACAACAUUUGAAACCUGCAAGGGGUAGUAUGCAAAUUUAAGAUGCUAAGAGUCAAAAACAGCUGAGAAACAUAGUGAGAAUUUAAGCAAUUCUUAGUCUCUUCACCAAAGGAAUGUUUUAAAAAGCAGGUUUUAAACUUUAUUUUGUACUGUGAUAGCCCUCACAACAAUUUGUAGUUUAGUUUUAGCUGCUUUUAUACUCUGUAUUAGUUUGGGUUACUAGGUUUGAACUGUGCAUCUCUGCAUUUACCAACGGCUUCCUGUGUGAAGCUGUCAGAUGUAUUUUUCCAUUGUCUUCCCUGGGCACUGGUCACCGCGCAGUUCAAGGCUUACGUGGGAGGUGACCACAGCUGAAUUAGUUCUGCACUUCAGAGGCAAGAAACACAAAGGCACUCCACCAUUCGGUCUUGCAUUUUUCCAUUCGAUGCCAUCUUGUCCCAAUAAAACAGGCUACUUGCGCAUCCCAGACGUUUGAGAACGGUGCAUGAGAGAGAGAAUUUAUACAUUCAAUUUCCUUUAAAGAAAAAUAGCUCUAUUUGUACACCUAUCUUCCUCUGUCAUUUCCUCCCCCAUUCUUGCAGCUACUCUGACCAGCAUAUUUUGUGGUGGGGGGGGGGGGGGUGAAGAUAAAUCAUCCUGUUUCCUUAAUAUCUAUCAGGUUCAGAAGUACAAGUAUCAUACAUUUAUGUUGAUUCUUUUAACUAUUUUGCAGAAUUGGGGAAAGAAGACAAUAUUAAAGAUGGGGGGAAGAGAAAAAGAAGAGUUUGAGUGUGAAAAAGGCAUUCCAGAUACAGAAAUAAGAGUAGUCUCUCUCCGAGAUUUGUGUGAAAUCUUCCAAAUGUUAAUGUGUUUACAUUUCCUUUUUGUUUUGCAAAUAUCUCUGGAUGGAAUCUGAAAAGUGCUGCGUACUGAUUUUGAAACUUGAAGUGGGUGCUAUCUGUGUUUAUGUGACAUGGGCUCCUUUUGCCUAUCCCUAUCCAGGUGGCCAUUGUGUUCAAAGCCAUUGAAUGUAUAUUUGAAGCUUUUCACUGUAGCACAGUGCUGGAGUGUACAAAGUCACUGUUGACCUCUGAAGGCCAUGGGAAAGUGUACAGUGGAGGUGUGUGGGUUUAAUGUUUAUGUGGGGGAAAUGGGGAGCAAGGGAUCAUGGCUUCUCUCGACUCUCUGCCCCGUAGCAAUAGGGUUGGCCAAACAGAAACUAUUGCAGGGGUGAGAAUAGCAAAGUAUUGAGGGAACUCAGUGGGUCCGAGACAUCACCUGUCCAUUUUCCUCCACACAUGCUGCCUGACCCUCUGAGUUUCUCCAGUAGAUUGUGUGUUGCUCCUUAUUACAGCAUCUGGGGUCUCUUGGGUCUCCAACUACUGCAGGGAUGUCUGGAUAACACCGGAUGUACUGCCUCUUCACAGGGGUCUCUGAGAUGUGCAUCAAAAAUCUUGUUGAAGUAAAAACUCUACCACAGAGGAAUGUACUGUUGGGGUGUAGCGAUCCACUGUCACUUUUCAUGGAAGAUCUGCACAAUGGAAACUAGUACCCAGAUCUGGUAGAGCUUUUUUUUUUUUUUUUUUUUUGUGGUUCCCACAAAGAUUGAGGGUUUUUUUUUAUUUUAAAGAAAACAAAAUGUCUUCCUGGUGGCAGGACUAGGAAAGUUUCUGAUGUGUUUCCCAGCCUGUGCUGAAUUAUUUGGCCUCAACCAUGCCCAGCGAUAGGACAAGUUGCAAACAGUUGCUGGUUUUUGGAACUAAUUCUUGCUCUUGUUCGAUGCAAGUAGCAAAUGCAAAGCCAUUUGGAGCUGGGAGUUGGCUGGGCAGUGAUGUCGGCACAAGGGAAAGAAUACUGAUGAGUUUGCAGAGGGCAGUUUGACGGUGGAUAGUUAAGCAAGCAAUGCCUGUCUCCAGCGAGUCUGGGGAUGGCAAAGAAUUAGAACAAUAUCCCAUCAACUUAAACUAUGUUGAGUACCUCUAGCUUUAACAAGUAACUGAGGUAGAAAGAUCAAAUCUUCAUAGGUGUUCCACCUCCUACCUCCCACUCCAUCCACUGUUCACAUUUGAUUUUGCUUUUUAAGGAAAAUGGUUUGAAAGUAUCUUUUGGUUGUGACUUCCACUGAUUUUGGAAGUUGCAAAAGUUUGUCUGUCUUCUAUCUUCUAUCGAGUCUUCCUGGUGGAAUCUAUGCAAACAAAAACAAAAAUAGCAUUGGGGACUUGUUUGUUGAAGUGAAUGUCUUUAACCUUAGACUUGCCACCCACAUUGGCCGGGGGAACAUAGGUUGGAACUACCUAACACCAGCCCUGUGUUUUGUAGUUUUGUGGGUUCCAUUAGGACAUGAAAACGUCCAGGUGGAUCUCCGAAGCCUUCAAAUCAAAAAGCUUUUUUGGAGUUUCUUCUGAAAGUGGUAGGACUUUGGGUGGAUUUGUACUAAUCACAACCUGGCUCAUUGCAGAUGUGCAAGGUUUGUAAAUGUAUCCUUUUUUUUUUUUUUUUGGUUAGUUGGUUGCAUUGCCCAAUCUGACUCUUAUUUCCUGAAACAGUAUUAUCAGUAACUGUAUGGUACUAUGUAAUGAAAAGCUGGUAGAACAUGAAGCCAAUUUGAAUUGUAAAUUGCUAUUCCUUUUUUGCUGAAAUAUGUUCCUGUUGUCUUAUACUAAGACUAUUUGAAUUUUGUAUGCAUUGCGUCAUCUGACUGCAGGCCUGUGCUGAGCAGCAGCAGGGCACGGUUUAGUUAAGCACCAGCCAUAAUCAAGCACUGUUGGUAUAUUAGCUGGCUCCUAAGGGGCGUGAAGCGAAAGCACUUUAUGCACCAGGUGACUGAUGAGGCUCACUCUAAAACUUACUGUUGUCAGGAUUUUUGUAUUGUUUUAUAAAAAUUUGAAUAAAUGCUUUGAACUU